AUGUCCUUUAAAUUUAAUGAAAAUUUAUUUAAAGAUGAAGAUUUUAAUGAAAAAAUUAAACAAAAAUUAACUAAUUUAUUAACUAAAUCUUUAGUCAAAGAUGAUAUUCCCAAAUCAAAUUCUAUUUAUUAUGAUGUUACAAGUUCAUUGAAUAAUAGUAACAGUAUCGGUAGUAGUACCAGUGCUGUCACUACCGCUACUACGGCCAAUAAUGUUAUAAGGUCAUCUACUGAUAAAUAUAGUAAUUUCACUACCUUGAAUAAUAACGCUGGAUUGUUUAAGACCAGUAAGGUUCGUAACUCUUCCACAAUCAUCUCUACAGGCACAAAUUCUGUUAAUAAAAGUUUGAGUAAUUCCAAUAAAAUAUCAAAUUUUUUAAAAGAUGAAAUAAAAAUCACUAAAGUUGAUUUCCCAAUGAUACCGCAAGUUGAAAUUCUUGAUAUGGAUAUAACUACAGAGCCAAGGUCUUUAAUUAAAGCCAUAGGCAAUAUAUCCUGCUGCAAUGCCUUUAUCCAAUUAGAAACUGUUAUCGAAUCUAAUCUGUUAAUGACCACUUUACAAAUGUCGCCUAGUUUCAUCACCCCACGAUUAAUCGAUAAUAAUUCUUUUAAAGUCCCAAUCACCAUGACUUUUUCUAGGAUCAAAUUAGAAGCUAUCACUAACGUAUUUAUGAGAAAUCAUGGCAUAUCCAUAUCCUUUAAUGACGUUUCUUUAGAUUUUAAAUUUGAUUGUUCAAUCAAAAUCUUACAGAACACAAUAGAGAAAAAAUUGAAAAAUUCCAUUUACUCAAUAUUCAAAGAAGUUCUACCAACAGCAAUUUUUAAUACAUCACAACAUUGGUUAAAUCCAAAUAAAUUCAAUCAAAAUAAUACCAACUCUAGUAAUAAUAAUAGCAAUAGCAAUAAUAAUAAAAGUAAAGAUGAAAUACUGACAGAGAUUAACAAAAUAGUAUUGGAUGAAAAUGAUUUGCAAGAAAUAUCGAUAGAAAAUAUGUCUAAAUUAGCAUCAAUUAUAAAGUCAAGGUAUACAUUAUCUCUACAUGGUACUAACCCACUCAUAUCUAAUUCAUAUCCAAAUAAUUUUAUAAAUUUUAACGGUUGUUUAGAAAGACAGAAUUUAUAUAGAUUUAUUUCCGCCAUGCCAUCACUACAGAAUUUCUAUCAUGGCAGUAAGUCAAACAAUAAAAGGAAUUUUAUUGCGAAUACUAAUGAGACCAAUGCUACUCGAUCGAAUUCUAUUGGCUAUCGUGUUACAGAGUCACAUCACAUUAAAGGUAAUAAAAUUAGAUGCACUACAAAUAAUGAAAAGGAGAAUUAUUUACCACAGGAUGUUUUGGAUACAGGAAAUUUCGAAUUAAAUGAUAUCAUUAAUAUUCAAAAUAAAUUGUACGAAAGAAAUUAUCAUAAUUCCAAUCAUAUAAAUAAUGAUACUAAUAGUAAUGUCCAACCAAGAAAUAGAGUAAUAAGAUUAAAUAAGUUGUUAAAAUCAAAGAAAAACAAGAAAUUGAAAGAAGAGACAAAAGAAAAAAUAAAUGUUACUGCUGGUUCCAAAUCCACUAUAUAUACCAGAGAAAAUAAUCAAGAAAAGUUCUUUGAAUCAAAAUUAUUGUCCGAGACAAAGGAAAUGAAUAAAUUCGUAGAUUCUCUAUUAACCAAUACUGUAAAUAAUGGGACAAAUUCUGGGAAGCCAUCAGAUAGUUCACUUUCCUCUCCAACAAUCUCUAAAUCUAUUGGGUUUGUAGGUCUAAAUUCUUACAAUUCAUUAUGGGGCUACAAUAAUAAUAUAAACAAUUCUAUUAUCAUUAGUACAAAUGAUAUAACAAUAUCUCCUACUAGAAGGUUAUCGGCACAUUCUGUCAUUAACACGCAUACACCAACAGUAUCACCACCACCUUAUAGUUAUUAA